AUGGUUACACUUUCAUCUUCUUUGGAACUUUCGUCCAGACGUAGGCGAGAUCGAGCUCAUCUACGAUUUAUUCAAGAUAAACUAGUCAAUGAAGAACGUGACAGUGGAUGGCAGGUUUCGAGAUGUACAGAUGUAAUUACUUGUCCAUCCAAAAGUCUCCAUCACGUUCUACUAUAUCAUCCAUUUCGCGCAGUAUCGAACAAAUCCAUGGUACCUAUACAAGAUAAUGAAAGAAUCAUUGCCUAUCAUGUAACUACCAAUGAUCAAGCAGUUAAUAUUGCUCAAAACGGUUUUCCUGUCGAUCAACGUAGAAAAGUAUCUGAUCACAUUCGUUUUACACGCAUUGUGGAGAAAUAG